AAGUUAGUGUUGGUUGUUGUGCUUCGUGUUUAAUGUCUUGAUUUCGAAUAAAAAAAUGUUCCUUUAUUGAUAAUUUAUUUGUAAAUCUUUAUGCAGAUUGUUACGCUUAUCUUGUAUACAAGUUAUUAGAAACAGAUUGCAAAUGUCAAUAUGUCAGGAUCUCGGCCUUAAUUUCCAACAGAGAAUGGGCGCAAAUAUAUCACAGUUGGAAAGAGAUAUCGGAUCAGAACAAUUCCCACCUAAUGAACAUUAUUUUGGUUUAGUUAAUUUUGGUAAUACAUGUUACAGCAACUCUGUAUUGCAAGCUCUAUACUUCUGUAGACCAUUCAGAGAGAAAGUCUUAGAAUAUAAAGCUAAGAAUAAGAGAACAAAAGAGACUCUUCUGACAUGUCUUGCAGACUUAUUUUAUAGUAUUGCUACUCAAAAAAAGAAAGUUGGUUCCAUUGCACCAAAAAAAUUUAUUGCAAGAUUAAGGAAAGAAAAAGAGGAAUUUGAUAACUAUAUGCAGCAAGAUGCCCAUGAAUUUCUUAAUUUUCUUAUAAACCAUAUUAAUGAGAUUAUUUUAGCUGAAAGAAAUCAAAAUACAUUAAAAGUACAGAAAAAUGCUUCUGAAAAUGUGACAUGCAAUGGAACAGUGCCCCAAAACACUGAACCAACUUGGGUGCACGAGAUAUUCCAGGGGACACUCACCAGUGAAACCAGAUGUCUCAAUUGUGAAACAGUGAGCAGCAAGGAUGAACAUUUCUUUGAUUUACAGGUGGACGUGGGACAGAAUACCAGCAUCACACACUGCUUAAAGUGCUUUAGUGAUACAGAGACAUUGUGCAACGAUAACAAAUUCAAGUGUGAUCACUGCAGCAGCUACCAGGAGGCACAGAAACGGAUGCGUGUGAAGAAGCUCCCUUUGAUCUUAGCCCUUCAUUUAAAACGUUUUAAGUAUAUGGAACAGUAUAACAGGCAUAUCAAGGUGUCACAUCGUGUAGUCUUUCCAUUAGAGUUGAGACUGUUUAAUACUUCUGAUGAUGCGGUGAACCCAGACCGGUUGUACGACCUGGUGGCGGUGGUGGUGCAUUGCGGUUCAGGACCCAACCGCGGACAUUACAUUAGCAUCGUUAAGAGUCACGGUUUCUGGCUGCUCUUCGACGACGACAUGGUCGAUAAAAUAGAUGCCUCUGCAAUAGAAGACUUCUACGGCCUAACUUCAGAUAUACAAAAGUCGUCUGAAACUGGCUAUAUACUAUUUUAUCAAUCGAGGGAUGCUAGUUGUUAAGUUUCUUCAGUAACAAUAUAGUAGUUUAUAUUAUUUAUAUGAAAUAGUCACUACGAUAGAUCAUGUUAAAUUUUAAUGCCACAUUUGUUAAAGUUGAAAAGGGCAUUAUUAUUAUUGAAAUUUUUGAAACCUUGAUUAUUAUUCAAUUUUUAGAAUUCAUUCAAUUGUAAAUAAAACUCAUUUC